GUCCAUCAUGGAUGAUGUUGCGGGGACAAAUCUAUGCACCUGGACGAAGUCGUCCAAACGGAGCGCCCGGGACGUCAUGAAAACAUACCUGGGAAUAUUUGUGGUAAUUCAUCUCGUGCUUCACACGGAAGCCUCCUCGGUGUCCAAGCCCUGCGAGAAAAAAUGUUUUUCAGGGAAGUGCAUCAACGGGACCUGCGCGUGCGACCACGGAUGGGUCGGGGAUCAGUGCCAGCACUGUCAGGGAAGAUUCAAGUUAACAGACCUGUCAGGCUCUCUCACAGAUGGACCAGUAAACUAUAAGUACAAGACCAAAUGCACUUGGCUAAUAGAAGGAUAUCCUAAUGCAGUACUCAGGCUGCGCUUCAAUCACUUUGCCACAGAGUGCAGCUGGGACCACAUGUACGUCUAUGAUGGAGACUCCAUUUACGCCCCUUUGAUUGCUGUCUUCAGUGGUCUAGCAGUACCAGAGACCAGGGGUAAUGAGACAGUCCCAGAGGUAGUGACGACAUCCGGCUACGCUCUGCUUCACUUCUUCAGUGAUGCUGCCUACAACCUGACAGGGUUCAACAUCGCCUACUCGAUAAACUCUUGUCCCAACAACUGUUCGGGCCACGGCAGAUGCGGCACAGCAAACUCUGUCUCGGGUCGUGUGUACUGUGAGUGUGAGGAGUACUGGAAAGGAGAAGCCUGCAACAUCCCAUACUGCAGGGAUAACUGUGGCAGCCCGGAUCACGGCUACUGUGACCUGACCGGAGAAAAGCUCUGUGUAUGCAAUGACAGCUGGCAAGGUCCAGACUGCUCUCUGUCCGUUCCCUCCACUGAGGCCUUCUGGGUGCUGCCAAGCAUCAAACCGUCAGCUCAGUCUCUGGGUCGGGCGUCCCAUCAGGCUCUGGUGCACUCUGGGCUGAUGUGGGUGGUGGGCGGCUACUCUUUCAACUACUCCAACUACCACAUGGUCCUCAACUACAACGUGGAGACCAGUACGUGGGAUGUGGUGCCCGUCGGCAGCGGCCCUCUCUACAGAUACGGUCACUCAUUGGCUCUGUACCAGGAUGACAUCUACAUGUUUGGUGGGAAGCUGGAGGCGCAGUCGGCCAACGUGACGGACGAAAUGUGGGUGUUCAACAUCCCUAGACGCACCUGGUCACCACGGGAACCAGCCCCGCCUCCUCCCUACGCUUUGGAGGGGCACACCGCCCACGUGGUGGAGCUGGCCGACGGCGAGCCGGUGAUGCUGAUCUUCUUUGGCUACUCGCCAAUCUACAGCUACAUCAACAAAGUUCAGGAGUACAACAUCAGGUCUAACUCGUGGCAGGUUGUGUCUGCUGGAGGUGCGGUGGUUCAGGGAGGUUAUGGCCACAGCAGCGUGUACGACGAGGCCAGCGGCUGCGUGUUUGUCCACGGGGGAUACAAGGCACUUAGCAACAACAAAUACGGCCUGGUGGACCACAUGUACCGAUACCACGUCCAAACGAAAACAUGGUUGAUCCUCGGGGAGAGUGGUUUGGCGCGGUACCUCCACUCUGCAGUUCUGCUGAGCGGCACAGUGCUGGUUUUUGGGGGAAACACUCACAAUGACACGUCGCUAAGCAACGGAGCCAAGUGCUUUUCUGCUGACUUCAUGGCUUAUGAUAUAGCUUGUGAUGAGUGGACUGUCCUCCCCAGACCAGGGCUGCAUCGGGAUGUCAACCGCUUUGGACAUUCGGCCGUGGUUAGCAAUGGCUCCAUGUACAUCUUUGGAGGUUUUUCGGGCCUCCUUCUGAACGAUGUGCUGGCCUACACCCCUCCGUCCUGCCUGGCCUUUUCUAACCCAGCUUUGUGUGCUGCUGCUGGGCCGGGCCUUCGGUGCCAUUGGGUCAAAAGUAGAUGUGUCCCCUGGGAGCCAAAAACACCUGAGCACAUUUUUCCUGCUCCUUUUUGCCCUGCACGACCUGACAGUACAGACGAGCAGUGUUUCCGAUUCUCAGACUGUGCAAGCUGCACCGCCAAUACUCGGGGCUGUCAGUGGUGUGAGGACAGGAAGUGUAUCUCUGCCUCCAGCAACUGCACCGUGCUGACUCUGGAGCUGGCCCAGCAGCAUGGCGGCGCUCUGUCUCUGUCUCCCCCACCAUCCAUGUUGUCUGAACAUCAGCUGAGCUUGUGGAAGCACGGAGCCAGAAGGAGGGGACAUUCGGUGAGAGACUCGUCCAGGUGUAAGCACAGGGAGGAGCAGGAGUGUUUCAGACUGGCCAACUGCAGGAGCUGCUCCCUCAACGUCAACUGUCAGUGGGAGCUGCAGCAACAGGAGUGUCAGGCACUGCCUGGCCAGCUGUGUGGGGAGGGCUGGCACCAUGUGGGGGAGGCCUGCCUGAGGAUCAACUCCAGCAGAGAGAGCUAUGAUAACGCGCAGCACUACUGCAAAAACCUGGGAGGAAAUAUUGCCUCUUUGCUCACAGACAAACAGGUCAAUUUUGUUCUGGAAGAGCUACACAAAUACCAGCUGCAAGAGAAGAGGUUAUCCCCCUGGGUUGGCUUGAGGAAGAUCAACGUGUCGUACUGGGGCUGGGAGGAUGCGUCACCCUUCACCAACACCAGCCUGCGAUGGUUACCUGGAGAGCCCAGCGACUCAGGGUUCUGUGCCUACCUGGAGCGGUCGCAGGUGGCCGGUCUUAAAGCCAACCCCUGCACAGCCACCACCGAAGGCCUGAUCUGUGAAAAGCCUGCCGGGAGUCCACAGAGUCAGAGCGCUCGUCCCUGUAAGACGCCCUGCUCUCUGCGCACCAGCUGUGCCAACUGCACCAGCCAGGCCAUGGAGUGCAUGUGGUGUGGCAGUACGCAACGCUGUGUCGACUCCUCGGCAUACGUCAUCUCCUUCCCCUACGGACAGUGUCUGGAGUGGCAGACCCAGGACUGUACCGGCUUUCAACCACGUCUUCAUCAGCAAAUGGAGUUUACUCAUUUCUCAAACUCAUAAAGACAAAGAGUUGUGGCUGAAAUCUCUGGAAAAGGCUAGCAAGAGGGCCUUGGGUUAGGUCAACAAUUAACUUUAAUGGUGGAAAGUGUUUUUUAGGUACUGAUGCUUUUUUUCUGGAAGACUAACUACUGUUCCUCCAUUACAUUUUAGAGAAAUAUUGUAGUUUUUACUCCACUACAUUUAUGUAAUUGCUUGAGUUACUAGUUACUUUCUGGAUUAACAUUGUAGUACAUGCAAAACAUUCAGUUAAUAUGAUGCAGCAUUGUAGUUGAAACUACCCAUCUGUAAGACGUACAGCCUAGAAAGGUACAUGCACAACCUUCUGGAUUUGAUCACUUAUUUGUGAAUGAAAGAAAACAAAUGUACUGUAUCAGCUAUUGGCAGAGGUAUGAUCAGUCUUUUCCAUAAGUUACAAAGGUCAGGCAAAUCAACUAACUUUUCUACUGAAAGUCUAGAAAGUAUUUGCGAUCUGCUGUUUGCCCCUAAUCAAACCAACAAUUAAUGUUUUUAGGCAAAAUACGCAAGAGGAAGGAAAAAGGCAUAAGAACAGAUGUUGUGGUGACACUAGAAAAGCAAGAUGAACAGACAGUUUUAGGAGGUGAGAUGUAACAUGUGUGCUUUAUCUUUGUGUUAUUUGAAUAUGAUGUAAUGACAGAACAGUAUACGGUUGGAUGACAAAGCAUAGAGGUUAUAGUAAUGUCAAAAUGUGUGGCUACGAGUUUAGACAGAUUGAUUAAUGAGGUGGUGUAUAGUACUCAUACCUUUUUGAUGAUGCAACUAGAGUAUGUUGUGUGAACAUGGAGUCAUUAUAGACUCUUAUCGAUCCCUUUCUUAUCAGCAGUUAGGUCUCUGCCUCUCACACAAACACACACAGACACACACUUCAACACCGUGGUGGUGCCACCUCUCCUGUAGCUACAGGGCAGAAAAUCGAUCAUCUACAAUGACACACGACUGACUCAAUAUGAAGUCCUCGUUGCUGUCUCAUAACAUUCCUCUCAUAUUAACACCUCCCUGGGGAUGCUGGAGGUUUUUCAGUUUCAGCACUGCGUCUCCAUGUGCUUCUGUUUGAGUACAUAAGUGUGUACAGGAAUGUUUGUCUAUGUGAGAGAAACAUGGAACCAUGAAACCAGACAAAAAUUGGAAAAGCUGCUAGGCUCAGCUGCAUCCUCUCUGAAUUUGCAGCUUAUGAUUUUGUUUUGAUGUUUUAUAAGUCGACAUGAAUGGAUCUCCUGCUUAACUACUGAAUAGUUUCCUGUCUAAAUAAUAAGAUACUUCUGCGUUCACCUACUUGGGUUUACAAAUUCUCCACCAGGAAGGGAAUAUGGGGAAUAUUGCUAAUUAAAGCUGCAUCAGGUGAUGUUUGACAUCAGAUGGCAGACAGACUCCAAAACAACCUCACAUCAACUCAGUUAAAGAAGUUCUGUUAGCAAAUAUUUGCCUUCAUCCAAUGGAAACAAAGCAAUAUGGGUAUCCCAUUGGAUUAUUCUCUUUAUAUAAUGUGCCCAUAUAUUCAGUGGUUAAAAAGGUAUUCAUAUCCUUUACUUACAAUUAAAAACAAUGCCAUAAUAAAAUGGAUGGAAAAGAGCCAAUGCCACAGCCUGAGACAUUUUCUGAUAUACAAUGAAUACAUGUGGCAGGUUUUAAUAAUCGAUCUACUGCAGAAUUUUUUUCAUUUUGAAGAUAAGUUAUUUAUUAUAGUUAGUUUUUUUUUUUGUACAUCAAUUUCCUUUCCCCCCCAAAAUACUGACUGUCCAACUUACACAAUAUAGCCAUAGGUAGAUAACCAACCUAGACGGAAGACGGCUGAACAUUGUUGCUGCGUGACUACCCUAAGGAAGUGAAGUUUCUGAUAAUGUUCAUUGAUGUUUUAUUUGUAAAAGUUAAGGUAAAGUACAGGCAUAUUUUAUUCUGCAGUUCAACAAGUUUCUGGUACGAAAAACAAAUCAAACUGUCAAAGUAUUCCCCAGAGGCAAAACUUUCUAUUGGUGUUUUCUGUCUUUUGUUGGACAAAUAGUCAAUUUGUAGCAAAGUGUUCUUGUUUCUGAGGAGUUAAGAAAACAGCUUCAAAAACUUUGAGAUUUUUUUUUUUUUUUUUUUUGUCUUGUGACUGGUGAUUAUUAUUCCUUGCUGGUGCCAGUAGUCUGAGUACAGACAGCUCUCCAGCCUACUGUUAGCAAGCCAAGAUUGUUUUCCUUUCUAUCGCUUUACCUUCAGUGCUUACAUAGUGGCACCUUUUCCCCAUCUCCUUUUCUCUUGUAUUAUUCAUAUCUCAGUUUGGUGGCAGAAGGUGUGUAGGAUGCUUUUGUUCUGCUACUUUUUACAUUUGUUGCUCAAAGUACAGCAUAUAAAAUCUGACAUUUUACUUUUCAAAUUCUUUAGAUAUAGCAUUGUUGCUCUUUUCAUCAGUCUAUGCAUUGUGUUUCAUACUUAACUUUCUGCUUCACUUCUCUUGUUAAUGGAUUAAUCAUGUCUUGUUUUGGAAACCAGGCCUGCAGGCUACAGCUAAAGGAUUCAUGACCUCGGCUUUGUUAGCUGCUUUCACAAAAAACGAUUGCUUGUCUGAGAAUCCAAUUUGAACUGGGUCAUUUCUUUAUCAGAUAAAUUUGGCCCAAGGCUUUGUGUAUCAUUCCCAUUUUUCAUGUCUGCUGGAGGCUGACUACACACUCCUCAACACAACCUCUUGAAAUAAUUAGCUCCAGUGCUGCCCCAGCAGUCAGAUUUGGAAGUUCUGGGAGCUCCUUCGAAAGCAAGCUGAUUUUUCAGUCGCAGCUUAAUUGUGCUGUACUAUGUUUCCUCUUAUAAAAUGGACUUUCUUUGGCUUAUGUGACAAUUUUGAAAAGCCCAUUUUAUAAGAGGAAACAUAGUACAGCACAGUUAAGCGGUGGUGGGUGGGGCAUUCAUAAAUCCAGAAUUAAAGUUUCACCACAUAACAUGCAUUUUAGUGCAAGCAGCAGUAGCUGAUGAAGUGAAGCAGCCAUGACUCAAACAGGAAACUUCAUCUCUGGUCUUGACCACAUUGCAAACACUAAUGAUUUCCUCAACAAAUCUUUCUUAUGCGACCAAACUGACACAUUUCUUUUUCUCGUGUUGGCUCUGUACUCCAGCCCAUUGAUUUUUAAUGAAACAAUGACUGUGGUUAAAGUGCUGGUGCAAGCGUCCGCAACAGAUUAACAGCGUAAGCAAUGUAGCCUUUUUUAUAAUCAGUUCACCAAUUAUAAAUUAAAAUAAAGUCAGCAUUUAUUAAUAUUAAUCUAUUUUCAUCAAACACUUGGUAUCUUACAGUACCUGCCGAUACUCUGCCAGGCCUGUGCGCUUGAGUUGUAGGUGCUGUUAAUGUACACUACUGUUCCACAAUGCAAUGCACAAAUGAAAUGGAGGAUCUGCUCACAGCUGGAAAACAAUAAAAAACUUGUGGGUGGUGGGGAAAACAGCUCCAGAAACACCUGCGAAAACAAAACAAAAAAACAUAUCUUACAAAAAACCCAUUUUGCUCUCUC